AUGAAAAAUCCAUUAAAUGGUGAAAAAAAAAAAAAAAAAAAAAAAAAAAAAAUGCACCUACAAUUAAGAUCUAUAACAACAAUAUAUACACCACCUUCAAUAGUAUUUGGUUUUGGGGUAAAAUAA